AAGUUCCGUCAGUCGGCGCAGGGGGCGGGGCUCCGGCGGGGCCUGGGCCGAGCGAGAGGCAGCUGGCGCUGGGGCGGCGUCAUGGCCUCUGAGGUGGCGGCGCGUCGGGACGCCAAGAAGCUGGUGCGCUCGCCCAGCGGCCUGCGCAUGGUGCCCGAGCACCGCGCCUUCGGCAGCCCGUUCGGCCUGGAGGAGCCGCAGUGGGUCCCCGACAAGGAGUGCCCCCGCUGCAUGCACUGCGACGCCAAGUUCGACUUCCUCACGCGCAAGCACCACUGUCGCCGCUGCGGGAAGUGCUUCUGUGACAAGUGCUGCAGCCAGAAGGUGGCGCUGCGGCGCAUGUGCUUCGUGGACCCGGUGCGGCAGUGCGGCCGCUGCGCGCUGGUGUCCCUCCGCGAGGCCGAGUUCUUCGACCGGCAGCUCCGCGUGCUGCUCGCGGGAGCCACCUUCUUGGUCACCUUUGGAGACUCGGGCAAGUCAGAGGCCAUGGUCUGCCGACUCUCCCCCAACCAACGGUUCCUGCUCCUGGACGGGGACAGCCACCAUGAGGUGGAGGUGGCCCACAUCUCCGCCGUGCAGGUCCUCACGGAGGGCUUCCCGCCUGGCGGCGGCAAUGCGCGGGCCACAGGCAUGACUCUGCAGUGCGGGGCCGAGGGGACGAGGCUGCAGCUGACCGCCGGGGAGGACAGCAGCUCUAACAGGCGGCAGGCGACCGCCUGGUUGGUGGCCAUGCACAAGGCCACCAAGCUCCUGUACGAAUCGCGGGACCAGUGACCCAGCGCCCCGGGAACUGACGGUGGGGCGCUUCGGCAUUUAUGGCACAGGAGCUCUGUUUUGUAUUCUCACUCACAACUUCACUUUAUUAAGAGAACUGUACAAUAAUUUGUAUAUAAAGCUCACGAUUAAACCUAUUUUCAAACUACA